ACUUAAACCAAUUUUUUUUAUUUACCUUUUAUUUUGACACUUGCCUCAAAAAAGUAAAAGUUCUUCAGAGGUUCUUCAGAAAUUCUUUAGGAGAUCGCAGAAAAAUGGCGACCUCAACUAAAGACAUGAAAGUUCCUGAAGGCUUCCUGGUGGCUCCACGAGUGCCUCAGGGUUUAGCAGCAGCCGUGGAAGGCCUCACUAGGGAAGUGAUUCGCCACCAUCCAGAGGACAUCUACGUCUUUGCAGCGCACCACUUCGAAAAGCUUCUUCACAUCCGAGAACAAUAUGGCGCUUCCAGAAGCCUUUCAGUCGACGAGAAAAAUCUCCAGGCUCUUCAGGACAUGAGUGAAGUCCUCAGAAGAAGAGAUGCCUUCAAGGAAGAAAAAACUCCCAGAGAUAUAGUGUUCCACAGUGGCUGGUCUUUGAACGAAACCGCAAAAGUCCUCGAUCGUCACAGAAGCAUCUUCGGCGACGAAGGGAAAACAAUUUCCACUGAAGAGGUUCGAGAAUUAGCGACACAUAAGGAAACAAGGCAGUCAGAGCAUUUUGGAAGACACCGGGCUCCUGAAAAAAAGAGUUCGAGGAGGAAAGAAGAUUGCAGGGAAAGUCCUGGAAUGAGAAAUGGGCCUAAGAUCAUUUCUCAAAUUCCAACCUUGCCUGGAAAUACGGUGAAGGACAUAAAGAGUGAGUUAAGGAAGAAUAGGAUUAGUAGCCGGGAAAGGAGGAACCACCGAAAUCAGAAGACAGAGAUGGAAUCAGAAGUUUUGAAAACUACAAGUAGAACGUCUUUGGAGAAGAGUGAAUGGAGUGAAAGGAGGCAAAGGACUGAUAGGAGGGAAAGGACUGAGCGGACUGAGAGGAUUGAAAGGAGUGUGAGAAAAGAUGAAAAAAGGAGAAACUCUGAGAAAAAAGUGUCAAGGGGUCUAAGUAUGGACAGAGUAAAGGAGUAUGUGGUGCGAAAGUUUGCGACGACGAAAAGUCUUGAGGAACUCCAGUCGCGGUCUUAUGUCGAAAAAGUCCAGGAAGUUAUUGAUGAGACAGCUCCGAUCAUUAAGGAAAAGGUGGAGGAGUUAAAAAAUUCUAUGAGUUCGAAGAGGAACUUCUCUAAGGAAGACUCUAAAUCAAAGGAAUAUUCUAAAUCCAAGGAACAAUCUGUCUCCAAAGAAGCUUUAAAAUCUAAUCCGAAGGAUAGUUCAAGAUCCAAUGAGUUAAAAGAAAAUACAAAAUCUAAUGAAUCGAAGGAGAAUUCGAGAUCAAGAAAGGUGAAGAAGACUCAGGUUUCGGAUCCGGAGACACCAGAUGAUUCACUUGAGGACGUGGAGACUUUAAAAUCAGAGGUGGAGUCAAUAGGACAUAAAAAUGCCUUGGAGGCAAGAUUAAGUGAGACGCAAACUCUCCUUGAAGGAAUUUCUUCAUCCUUUAUGGUUCCCAUGAGGAGGUCAACUUCUGCUAAGGAUCUGAGGCAUCGGAUUUCAGAGGCUUCAGAUGUCUCCCUUCCGGUUGUGAGACCUUUCUCCUCCAAAAGUCACUCGAGAAGUGUUUCUAGGAGUGAUUCUGAUAAUUUAGUUUUGCCUCUAAUAUCACCAGAAGUGACCAAGUCGACAAAGAUAAAAGAGGAAUUGGUCCUGCCGGUGCUUUCGACCUCUGGAAGUGCUUCCAAUUUGGAAGGGAAGGAGGAGAUAAAGGUAGAAGAAAAUGAUGAUAGUGAUAAAGAUAUAGCUGGUAACAGAGAUGGACGAGAUAUAAGAAACGGAAGUGAUGGCGAAGCUGUUGAUAAUAGGGAUAAAAAGGAGGAGGAGCGGGUUAAAGCUGAUGAGGAAAAUUAUGCUGAGAAAAUGAAUUCUAUAGAGGAAGAGAUCAAGCUUUCAGCAGUUGAUAAUAUGCCUCUGACUUCUAAAGAAUUAAGAGAAGUUGAAACUGAGGUAGAAGAAGUCUUCAGAGAUAGUUUGAACGUGACUCCAGAACCUCUUGAUACUCCCCAAAGACCCGAUUCCCUAGAGCCAGAGGAAGAAAAAGCAACAGUUCGAGAUGGUCCCUUAGGACUAAAGGAACAAUUACUGGAGAUCCAGAAUGUAGAAAAAGAGAUUGAGUGUCUUUUGAAUCCUGAAGGUAAUGAAGUGGUUAAAGAUAAAGAACAAGUUCAAUUUAGUAUAAGGGGAAAACUCCAGGAGGUUGAGGAUUCAGAAAGGAGGAUUCAAGACAUACUUGGAGAGGGAAAGGUCGAAUUGGCUGUGAGUGUUAAAGAAAAGUUAAAAGAGGUGGAAGAAGUGGAGAAGAGGAUUGAAACCUUUUUGGACGAACCAUUGAAGGUAGAGAUUUUAAAUCCUAAAGAUGAAGUAGAUAGUAUAGAAACUAAUUCGAGGGAGACAGAGAAAAAGGCGAUUUGCAAAACUUUGGAGAAUGAGAAGAUUUGUGAGGUUGGAGCUAAAGAAGGAGAAGAAGUUGGCGAUUCUAAGGAAGAAAAGGAAGGAGGAGAUACAAUAAGGAAGGAUAAUGAUGAACAGCUGAGCAAGGAAAGAGACAAUAAAAGUGUAGAGGAACAGAAGGAAAGUGUAAAAACUGAGAAGAAAGAAAGGGAAGAAGAUGAGUUAAGGGAAGAGGAAGAUGAAGAGGAUGAUUCCAAUUCGUCUAAAAAAACUAUUCCUUUCUCUUUCGUACUAACAGAAGGUUCACCAUGUGAAAUCCCAGAUUCGGUGACUACUGUUAUCAUUCCUGAUAGGAUCCCUACUCCAGAUUCUGAUACUCUUGAAAUAGAAGUGGAAGAAGGUGAAUUUCGGUCAAAGUUGAUCUCAAAUAAGAGCAAAAAUAGUAAUAAAGAUGAAACGAAGUUGGCUAAAGGGGAUGAAUCUGUCCAAAGUUCAGAGGAUUCUCAUCCUAAUUUAGAAGUCUUUGGAGAACUUGUUCGACUUGAUUCUAGCAAUGGUUCUACAAUUAACAUAGAUCUAAUAAAUAAUAAAAUAGGACAUGAUCUGAUGAUUCCUUAUCAAGAUUUGGAUCAGAUUAAGGAGGAAGAUGAUAAGGAUCUCGCUCAGAUAAAAGAAGACGAUAAGAAGCAGAAAAGCAAUAUGGAGAAGAUGAAGGAACUUCUCGAGAUAGAAGAAGAAUCUGACCAAAUAGAAGAGGGUAAAGAAGAGAUAAAAGAAGAUGAGGAGGUAAAGGAAAAUCAAAUGAGCGAGAAACUCCAGGAAGAGAAUUUCGACGAGGAAGAAUUGAAGGUUCUAAAAGUGAUGACUGCGGCUCUCAAAGAAGAGGAGGAACUUCAGUUAAAGGAGAAAAGCAAACCGCAAGAGGGUGAAGAAUCUUCACCUGAAGUUUUGAGAUUGACUGAUUCUGAAUCUACGGAUGAAACUAAGGAGUCCACCAUCACUGAUGAAGUUUUGGAAGCUGCAGAUGCUGUAGAAAAUUCUCUAGAGGUGGAAGAAAGUACUGGUAGGUCUAUUGAGUCUACAAAUGAGGUUAAAGAGACAACGAUGACUGAUCAAACGAAUGCGAGUCUUUCUUUGGAUCCUGGCAUGCCCAUUGUUCCGGAAUUAAAUUUGGACUCUCUUCAGGAUCUGACUGUAUCUUCUUUUAAGAUGACGGACGAGGAAAUGGAAAAGAGGGAAAGUGAAGAGACAGGAAGUGUGGCCUCGAUUACGGAACCAGAGACUGAUAGAAAGGACGAAAAGAUGGAGGAGAGAGGGCCAGAUUCGGAAUCGGAUGAUGGUAGAAUAAAGGAAGAGGAAAAGGUUAAGGAGGUUGCAGGUAAGAAAGGUGAAGAAAGUAAAGGAGAUGUGAUGGAUGGUUUAGACAGUGAAGGAACCGAGUUAAAAGAUCGAAAGGUUGAAGAAGAAGUUGUGGAAAUGCUUAAGGAAAGAAAGGAUAAUAAUGAAAUGGGGAGGCUUGAGGUAAAGAUGAAAAAGGAACAGGAGGAACAGGAUGAGAUCAAGGAAAAUUUAGAAAUUAUUAAAAGAAUAGAGGAACAAGAAGAUGAAAUUAUGGAAAGCGUAGAAGCUACCGAAAGGAUAGAGGAAGGAAAAGUGAAAGAAAAUGUGGAACUUCAGGAAGAGUUAGAAGCGAUUAUUACUGAUUCUGAAAUUAAUAAGAGGAAAGAAGACGCAUUUACAGCUGUGGAAGAAAUUAAGGAUAAAAGAAGUGAUAAUGUGAAUGAAGAAAAUGUGCUUGAAAGUCUCGAAGCUUUGGGUGGAUCAGAAGAGCAGGAGAUUAAGGAGGAGGUGGUUAAGGAACAGGUGGUGAUUAAAGAAGACACUUUCGUAAAGACCAAAGCCUACGUUACAACUUCUGGAGGUGAAAAUGAAGAGGAAGAAGGUGAAAAAAAGGCAGAUGAAGAGAGUAAGAAAGAGGAAAUAGAAAAAGUUGGAGAGAGGCAAGAAGAAAUGAGGAAUGAUCAGGAACAAAAAGUGGUGCAGAAAUCGGAGGAAAUAAAAAAGGAGAAUGAAGAAUCAUCCCAAAUAUCUGCUAGGGAAACUUUAAGGGACGAAGAAGAAGAAACACAAAAGGGAGAUUCAGAUGUUGUUGAAUCUAGAUCUGCAAGCCAAUGCACAACAAGACGUCUUAGUUCUGAUAAUCUUCGAUCAAGGGAAGAAAAUCUCGUUAGGCAUGACGAAAAAGUUGAAGGAAAGGAAGAAGUCGAAAUUGAUGCUUUGAUUAAUGAUAAAGAGGAGAAGGGAGAGUUAAAAAUCGAGACUGAAGAGAUAGCAAAACCAGAAGUCGUGACGAAUGCUAUAAACGAUGAAAUGUUGGAAGAGAAGAUAGAGUAUCAUAUAUAUGUUCCUGAAUCAAUGGAGGAUAGUUCCUCUGAUUCUAGCACUUUCAUUUCUGCUGCUACAAGAAUUCAAGCAGGUGUCCGAGGUUUUCUAACUAGAAGACGCUUGCAGAGCUUACAAUCACAAUGUCGUAGUUCUACUCUGGAUAGCGUAUCAUCGAUCCCGGAGAGUUUUGUGGUCGAGCCUGGGACAAUAACAGAGUCGCUUUUAUCACCAAUAGAGGAAGUUAAUCAAGCAGCAACAACGAUACAAAAUAAUUAUCGUCGAUACAAUGCUAGAAAACGUUUGAAACGAGAAGAUGCAAUCCAAAGAACAACCCUUUCUUUGGAAAACGCCUUUGCUGAAAAUGGAUUGCAACACACUGGAGAAUUUCACGAUUGUGUACCAUUGCCAGUCUUCAAAUUAAAAAAAAAGGAUUUUGGGAAGAAAAAAUCUCCUGGGAGUUCCUCCUUGGAAGAAAGAGAUAAAGAGGUAGGGAAAUAUGCAAACGAAGAAGAAAAUAAAAGUGGAGGAAGGGAUGAAAAUAAUGGAAAGGAUAAAAACAGUGGAAGGGAUGAAUGUAUAGGAAGUGCUGAAAAGGAUAAAAAUGAUGGAAUGGAAGAAAAGGAUAAAAAAUACGGGGUGGAGGAAAACAAAGAAAGGUAUGAAGAUAGAAGAAGUAAUAAAACUGAAGGAAAAGAUAAUGAAGGGAAUAAAAUCCAAGGAGAUGAUAAGAUUACUGGUGAUAAAAACGAACCGAAAGAACUAAAUAAAACCAAAGGAGUGAGAAGUCACUUGGGACCAAAUAUAUCUUGCACUCAUCCUGGCAUGAGUUAUUACCCCCAAGAGGAAAUCCACUUUCCCUCUGACCUUCCAAACGGUUAUAAACAAUCAGAGCAGGGAAAUAUUUUCCUAAACCAACCCCCUUUCCAUUUGGGCCUUAAUCCUAAAAUCGGGCCCAUAUUUGACAUUUUCCUCCUUUCUAAAGAAGACCCAAUGAUCCAGAAUAAUUAUCUUAAUUUUAUAACGAGUGUAGAGGAUGAAAUUAAUCAACUAGAUAUCCCGAAAGUAGAAUCUGAGAAGAAUUUGGGAGUGGAGAAUCCCAGUGAUUCAGGAGAAAGUAUAAGUAUUCGGGAACCUUUGGCUUUACCUGGAACUCCAAAAGGAAUUGUAAUAGAGGAAGUGACAAGUUUAGACGAGACUGUGAGGAGUAUUUCGGGAUCUAUUUCUCUAGAGGAUAGAGUUUUACGAUCAGAGGUUUCAAAAGAGGAGGAGAAUGUUGUGGAUGGGAGUGAAGAGAAAAGAGGAGUGGAUGAUGAGCAUUUUUUGGAAUCUUUUGAAGAGGAGAGGGAAAGAAAAGGAGGACAAAGUAAGGUAGAGGGAGUGCAUGAGAUUGAGGAAGAAAGGUGUAAAGAAGGCAAUGAUAUUGGAAAUCUAAGUAUUAGAGAUGAGGAAACAGAUGAGAAAGAAAAUGAAGGAGAGUCUCUAGGUUCUCUAGGUGAUAGAGAAUUUCUCGAAAGCUCACUAAUUUCUUUAGAUGAUCCAACCUCUCCAGGAACUACAAGGACAUCAUCUGCGGCGAGGAAAAAAAUACAGGACGUUACAAGAAAGGAGGAAAUUUAUAGAAAUGAAGAGUUUCGAGAACCAUCUUUAGUGAACCUCAAAGAAGAAUUUAGAGAGGAGGAUUCUCUUUUGAAUGAUACAAUUAGUUCAGUUUCAGAAGAGAAAACUCUUUCCACUUCUAAGAAUAGGAAAAUUAUAUCCUUAGACGAGGAGAAUGGAGGUCCUUCCUCUAGUGGUAAGGAAAUUUCAUCUAUGGAGGAGGAAAUUAAAAGUUCGUCCUUGAGUGGUAAGGAAAAUUCUUUAUUGACUCAGGAUAGAUAUGCCUUGAGAAAGGAGACUAAUUCCUCUUUAAAGGAGGAUAAAAUAUCCUUAAGAGAGGAAAGUCAUUCUUCAUUAAAAGAGGAAGAAAUAUUUUCUGUAAAGGAGGAAAAAAAUUCUUCUUUGAAGGAGGAGGGACCUGCUUCCAUAACCAAUAACAAACCUUUCUCUUUUAGAGAUCAAUCCUUUAAGGACGAUUUUUCCAACUUUGAAGAUUCUUCUCUCGUUCCUGAUGCUUCCUUAAGUACCCUUUCUUUUUCUAUGAACAUUGAAGACGUUUUGGGACUAGGAUUAGAGGAAGAAUGUUGUAAGGAGUUCAGAAAAACAAAUUUCCAAAUUAAUCAUAUUCCUGGAAGUUUUGGAUCUUCUCAGGACUCCCAAAAUUCAGAGAAGAGUAUUGCAACGAUGCAAUCUCCAGUCACGAUGAUGCAAAUCGCGCCAAACAGUCUGGAGGAUGAUAAGGCUUUUGGAACUUCAAAUGGAGUGCAAUAUUAUAAGGAAGAAAAUAGAGAAGGUAGUAAAGAAACUGAAGAUAAAAAAGAUGAGGAGACUAAGAAUAUUAAGGAAAGGAAAACGGAGAUGAAAGAAAGGACAAGUCCAAAGAAAAAUGAUUCUGAUUCCUUUUCUGAAAAAUCUUCAAAAGAGAGGACGAAAGUGUUAGAAAAAUAAAAAUUAGAAUAUUUUAGUAGACAUCUAAAGACAUUUUUGAUAA